AUGUCCAAAAGACACUCCGACAUCAGUCCGCCGCCACUCAAGAGACGAAAGGUGGCAGCGGUGGAGCAGGAUGCUUCUCUCGGUGCCGAGGAAACGCCACCAAGAACCAAGACCCAGAGAGGCAGUUCCAUCCGCAUCUACUCCUGGAACAUCAACGGCAUCCAACCCUUUGUCCCGCAGUCAUCGGCACCCAUCACCGCCUUCUUCAGACCCAAAGGCGAGGCAGCAACAUCUAUUGUAGAAGGCGCGGCAACCGCGGGACCAGCCUCUUUACGUGGCUGGCUAGCACGGCACGACUGGCCAGAGGUUCUCUUCCUGCAGGAAGUCAAGAUCAACCGCACUAAUAACAAGUUAUUGUCCACCCUGGCCUCGAGCUUGAACACACCGCUUAACCCGCAAGACAACCCGCACACAGAUGACAGGAGAUAUGCUCUUCACACCACAUUGCCUCGAGAUCGGUUCAAUGCGCGGGGUUUCGGAGGCAAACUAUAUGGGGUGGCAACCAUACUGCGGGCCGACUUUGAAAAGCAGCAUGUUGGAUGCGUGAGAGAUGUGCCUUGGGACCUAGAAGGGCGUGUGAGCAUCGUUGAGACAACAGUGUCAACACAGCACGGGUCCGGAUCAUAUGUUGCUACACCAGAGGCUGGAGCAGGGAUUCCUGCACACAAGCCACUUGCCAUAGUCAACGUCUAUGCUGUCAAUGGCACCGGGGCUACAUACCGUUCCUCUCAAGAUGGCCACACCGUCGGGACACGGCACGAUCACAAGCUCUCUUUCCACUCUCUUCUUCGAGACGAAUGCCUCGCUCUGGAGGCGCGUGGCUUUGAUGUGAUCGUCGCGGGAGACCUGAAUAUUGCACGGAGUCGCAUAGAUGGAUAUCCCAACCUCAGGACCUCGCCGGUUCAGCACUGCUACAACAGAGCCGACUUCAAUCGCAAGUUCUUCGGCCCAUCAGACAACAAGCGUGCAGGGGUCCACCUGGAUGCACUCACUACAGCCGAUGAUGCGAUUACGAAAGAUGAGGACACAAGUGGUAAAUGUCUCAAUGGAGUGGACAUCUUCCGGGCCAUUCAUGGAGACAGGAAGCAAUACACAUAUCACCCGCGCACGAGGGACUGGGGAAGCAGCUGUGACAGAGUCGACCUCAUCAUUGUCUCGCAGCAUCUCUGGAGGAGCGGCCGGGUCGUCGGCACUGGGAUCCUGGACUCUCCCCAGGAACGGGGCCCUAGCGACCAUGUUCCUCUUUGGGUCCAGGUCAGUAUGGAGGAUGCAGGCUAA